AUGGAUUUUAGAACUAUUGUUCGUGGACAUCAAAGAAAGUUUAAAGAAUUUGAUAAACGGCGCUCACCAAUUGUCUUAAUUUUGGACUCAAUUGAUUCCUUUAAUGCUAUUAAAAUAAAAUUACAGAGAAUUUAUCCAAAAUACUACCUUAUUGUACUUACAAAAGGGUUAUUUAAAGAAGUCAAUGAAGUUAUAAAAGAACUAUGGUCGAUGUCUAUGGAUAAUGUGAAUUUUUUAACAAGUAACGCGACUCAUGGAUUUAUUUAUACUUACUUUCCAUUUGAUCAUGAAAAAUGUGGAACUGAUUUAUUGCUGCAUCCUAUUAAUGUUUUUGACACAACAAUUCAAAAAUGGAGUAAUUUAAAUUUUUAUCCUGAAAAGGUACAAAAUCUUAAUAACUGCGCUUUAAAAGUUGGAGUUACUGAAAGCAUUCCGAUGGUUAUAACUAGCAAUGAAACAGAUGGAACAAAAAGUUUUGAUGGUAUUGAAGUUCUUUUGAUUCGAAAACUUGCACUGGAAUUCAACUUUACACCACAGUUUAAUAUUUUUGAAAGUGUAGGGGUUGCUCGAGAAAAAAACUCCACGGGUGUUUUAGGAUCACUUUAUGAUCGGAAAUGUGAUGUGGCGAUAGGAAGCUUGUCACUUCAGAUUGAUCGAACACAAGUUCUAAGUGCAACUAGUAUGUUUGCAUCAAUUCCAAUAGUAGCAGUCAUACCACCUUCAAGUCAAAUUUCAGCAUUUGUAAAAUUAUAUUUGCCAUUUGAUUUUACAACAUGGAUUUUAUUAUUUGUUAUGUUCCUUACCGGCUAUAUAGUAAUAUUAAUAACAAAGUUAAUCUCAAAAACGUCAUACAAAUUUAUUGUUGGACAUAAAAGGAUUAUAUCAAGGCAAGUUGUUUGA